GACUGGAGUCUAGUCGUCUCUUUCUCUGCUGCGACAAAUUAUGGCGAUCUCGAUAAGCAAUAUCUCUCCUUUGGCCUUCCAAUCUGCGUGUUUCCAUGGAAAAAACCACAUUCAAUUUCCAAGUCCAAACAACACAUUUGGAUCUCUUCCUCUUCGUUUUCGCUCUUAUAGGGUUCGAAACAUUUCGAUAACUAAGGCUUCGAGUCCUGUUAACGCUUCUUCUUCAUUGGAGUUCGAUGUUGUGAUCAUCGGUGCCGGAAUAAUCGGUCUGACCAUCGCUAGACAGUUUCUACAUGAAUCGGAUCUUUCUGUGGCUCUAGUUGAUGCAGCUGUGCCUUGCUCUGGUGCCACUGGUGCUGGGCAGGGUUAUAUAUGGAUGGCUAACAAAACACCUGGAAGUGAUAUAUGGGAGCUUGCAGUGAGAAGUCAAAAACUGUGGAACAUGUUGGCAGAGAGCAUACAAAAUGAAGGCCUAAGCCCUCUAGAAACAUUGGGUUGGAAGAGAACAGGAAGCUUAAUGGUUGGUAGAACUUUGGAAGAGUCAGAAAUGUUAAGAGACAGGGUAAGGCGCCUUGCUGAAGCUGGCAUGGAAGUCGAGUACUUGUCUGGCUAUUCAUUGGUUUUAAAGGAACCAGCACUUGAUGUUGGGAAAGGAGGUGGAGCAGCCUUUUUACCAGAUGACAGUCAGUUGGAUGCACAUCGUGCUGUUGCAUUCAUUGAGAAGGGUAACAGAAAUUUUGCCUUGAAAGGCAGAUAUGCGGAAUUUUAUCACAAUCCAGUCAUCAGUCUAGUAAGAUCAGGUAGCACUGGAGAGGUUGAAGGAAUUCGGACUUCCAAAAAGACAUUGUACAGUAAGAAGGCCAUUGUAGUUGCAGCUGGUUCCUGGAGUGGAUCUUUGAUGGAAGACCUGCUUAGAGGAUCAAACGUUGUAUUGGAUGUUCCUGUAGAACCUCGAAAGGGUCAUCUCAUUGUGGUAGAGAACUUCAACUCCUUAAAGCUGAAUCAUGGUCUGAUGGAAGUUGGAUAUGUUAGCCAUCAAAAAGCAGCUCUUCAUACGCCGCCUUCUGUGCCUGGAGUCGCUGACCAUGAGCAAAUCUUGUCCAUUUCAAUGACAGCCACCAUGGACCCAGUGGGGAACCUUGUCCUUGGGAGCAGCCGCCAGUUUUCUGGGUUUAGCACUGUAGUAGAUCAUUCCAUCAUUAACCGUAUAUGGGAUCAUGCUGGGGAGUUCUUUCCUGCUCUGAGAGAAAUAUCGUUAAAAGAUUUCACAGAGAGCACAAGAGUGCGGGUUGGAUUGCGGCCUUAUAUGCCUGACGGGAGGCCAAUCAUUGGGCCUGUUCCUGCUAUACCAAAACUGUUAAUUGCAACAGGACAUGAAGGAGGAGGUCUAUCCCUGGCUCUUGGUACUGCUGAAAUGAUUACUGAUAUGGUAUUGGGCAAUGCCCUCAAGAUUGAUUGUGCACCCUUCUUAGUUGGAAAUCGAUUUUCUAGAUAACUGUCUUCUCACAUCAGGAAAAGAUAG